CGUGUUCGGGGCGCGAUGGCGGCGGCGGCGGCUUCGGCCCAGCGGGGCGGCGGCGGCGGCGGCGGUGGCGGCGAUCCCGGAGCCGAUCCCGGAGCCGGGGCCGCCGGCGGCGAGCCCGCCCCGCCCCCGGGGGGCGGCGGGGCCUCCUCGGACCAGAUCAUGCAGACGGGGGCGAUCUUGCUGCGGGCGUUCGUGCGGGACCGCGUGGAGCGCUGCGGGGACCCCCAGGCCGUGGCCCUGAGCGUGGCCGAGCUGGGCGAGCCCCAGCCCAGCAGCCCCGACACCAAACGCCUCAGCGAGUGCCUGCGGCGCAUUGGCGAUGAGCUCGACAGCAACAUGGAGCUGCAGAGGAUGAUUGAGCAGGUGGGGUGUGACGCCCCCAAAAAGCUGUUUUUCCGCGUGGCCAAGGAGAUGUUCGCCGAUGGCACCUUCAACUGGGGCCGUGUGGUUGCCCUGUUCUACUUUGCCUGCAAACUGGUGCUGAAGGCUCUCUGCACCAAGGUCCCGGAGCUGGUCCAGACCAUCCUGCGCUGGACCAUGGAGUAUCUCCAGGAGCACGUGCUGGCCUGGAUCCAGGCCCAGGGCGGAUGGGAAGGGCUAUUGUCCCACUUCGGGACCCCCACCUGGCAGACCAUCACCAUCUUCGCUGCUGGUGUCCUCACGGCCUCGCUGACCAUCUGGAAGAUGUCAUAGACUCUCGGGGGGCCACAUUUUGUCCCCCACUACCCCCGGAACCCCUCCCCAGACUAGCCCUGCCGGCAGGGAUGGUGCUGACCCCCAGCACCUUCCAGGGCUGGGGGGGUUUUUAACCAACAGGACUCGCUCACCUGGAUUUUGGGGUGGAGGUCGAGCUGGGGGGGACCCUCCCCCAGCCCCCCCCCUCCCCCAGCCCUUUCCACAAGGGUCCAGAGGCCACAGCUGGGAUUUGGGGGGGGAGUUGGGGGUGAAUGGGGUGGGAGCACCCCACCUUCCCCUGCCGUGCCCCCCGGUCCUGGUGCUGGGCCUCCCUGGCCUCGGUUCAACCCCAGGACUUGUGGUGCUUUGAGUGGGGGGGAGUGGGGGGGUAUCUUGCGGUUCCACCCCCCGAUAUGGGGGUGAGUGGGGUGGUGGGGGUGUCUCUGUGACCCCCCCUAGAAUGAGGUGGGGGGGUGGGGGGGAGGGUUACAGCUAUGGCUGUAGGGUGAGUAUUUAUUGGGGGUCCACACCCCCCAGAAAGGGCCCCCCCAGGUGCAAUACCCCCCUCCCGGGGCGGAGGCUCUCAGGGUGGGGGGGCCACACCCCCCGUUUACACCCCCUCAACCCCCCCUGUUUUGGAAGUCCCUCGUGUCCCCGAGGCGGGGGGGGGGGGGGGGGGGCAAAGCGACCCCUUCCCCCAGCCCCCACGGUGCUCUCGGGGGUGGCGUCACGGGGAACCACUCCUCCCAAAAAAAUGGGUGGGCCCUGCCUUGCUUCUCUCCAUAGUGUUUUUUUUUCUCUUUUUUUGUACCUUGUUUUUUGUAUCUCGGGAAUUUACAUGGAAAUAAAAGGCAAACGCGA